AUGCGGCCCUUCAGACUCCUCGACCUCGCGCCUGAGCUACGCAACAACAUCUACGAGCAUGCCUUGACCCACGACCGCUCAAGUGGCAUCACGGCUGCGGUCGGCCUUCUUAGGACCUGUCGCCAAGUCUACAGCGAGAGCAAACCCAUACUCUACGAACAGAGUAUCUUCACAAUCAGCGCGAGAUUCACAUCAGAGCAGCAAGAGAGCCCACGUUCGAGGCUCCAUAGGCUGAUGCUGGGUGGCGACAUGUCCACGACUCCAGCUCACCACGAGUCCACCAUAGGAAUGCUCCGGCUCCUACCUCGCAAAAUGCUUGAACUUCCUCGCAUCCACAUCGAAAUCGACAUUGAAGAACUUCCCUUGGAAGGCAGGCCAUCUGAGGAGAGCCGUCGCGCAGCCCACGCAACGAAUCGAUUCCUAUUCCCCUUGGUAGACCUGCUCAACUCGUCUGAUCGACCGCAUCGCCUCCAAUUUUCGAUCAUGCACGGCUCGAUCGAACCUACCUCUCCCUUCAUCCAAAUCACUUUCUGGCCACUGCGGAAACUACAGAAGCACAUCCACUUCGGACUGAAAACACUUUCAAAGCAUUUAGCGGCACACUCUGACAAUCGCUUACCAGGGGGCGGGCCCAGCGCCGAUAUACUGGCAAGAAAGGUGGACAUGGAAUUGCACAAAUAUCGCCAGCGAGACCUCGUUCAUGUCCCUCUCACCAAGUACUCGGACAUCCACGGCCAGGCUACACACGGCCAACCAGACAACGAAGUUCGUCGCUUGGCGCGACAUCACCUAGAGAAAAUAACCAGCGAACUCGAAAACGUGACCUGGUGGUCUCAAAUUCAGGAUACGAGAAUCUGUCUGAGUUUCAUCGCGGCCCAAGGCUUGCUGAGGAUGGACUCAGUCGAGAGCUUCAAGGACGUGGUCGGGCCCCCAGACUGGCUCAUUAGGUCUUUCAGGAUCCUCGAGGAAAUGGGCUCGCCGGUCAAGCCCAGAGCGUACUUGAAGAAGACCUUCGAGUCUCUGUCGCAUGUCAUUGACAAAAUCCCUGCGACUGCUGACGAGGAGCACUGA